UAAGUCGUAUUUUUUAUAUUAUUCUUGCAUCAUUAGGGAUAAAAAAAUUGUAAUGACGCAAAAUACAGCAUCCUUUAAUUCGAGAAAUGUGCACGAAAAGAUUUCAUUGCCAAGUGGAAAGGAAAACAUUCAUUCCUCUACAAGAAGUAAAAAAUUAAAUGUUACAAGCAAGCUUAGCAAUAAAUCAUGUUGGAAAAGCGCCUGCUCAUCCUUGGAUGGAAAUUUAAAUGUUGAAGUAACUGAUAGCAGUCGUGCGAUUGCUGGCAGCACGAUCAAAGGAACAGGAUUCCAGAUUUUCAACGAUGAUGUUAAUAAUAAUGUUUCCAUAACGUUAAAACGGUGUAGCAAGACAAAGAGCAUGGCUAGAGUGUUUCCUAAUGAUGAUAAUAAUAUUACACAGUUUGCUGCAAGGAGUACCAAUGCACAAAGAUAUGUUUAAGUACGCAAAAACUCAGAAAUUCCCAACACAAAAGUGUCUAAUGUUUCAAAAU